UCACCACCAUCACCAUCAUCACCAUCAUCAUCAUCAUGCCCACCUACAAGCCCUCCCUCCAAAACAACCUCGGCUUCCUCAACACCCUCCACUCACUCAACCCAACCAGCCCCGCCGAAACAGUCUCACAAAUCUGGACAGAGAUCAUAACCGAAUGGUUCCCCGGCCGCCACGGCCACAAAUGGAGUUUUCAGAACACCACGACCGAUUCCAGCGUCAUCCAAGUGACAGCCCUGCAACAAAACCCCCAGGAUUCAAAUGACUGGGUUGAACGCAGAUCUUGGUUGUUGAGUGCAAGCGACCGUCUAGCGACACUCCCACGGGUUGGAAUGAGGGCCUGUUUUCGGGUGAGCUCUCCCGAGAGUUGAAUAUGUUGGGGAGGGUUUAUGGGGUAGUUGCUGUAGGGUUGAAAGUGAAGUUUUAUCGGGUUGAUGGGAUGGCAUUGGGUGAUCAGCGAUUGGUUGAGCUUCAUGAGGGGAUAAUUGAUAUGAGUGAUCCGAGUGGGGUUGGGAUGGUGGAGAUGAUGAACGAUGUCAAGGAGAAUGGGUGGCAGUGGGCGGUGUGAUUGGGACUUGAGGUGCUUCUUUCCUUUAGGAAAGACUUUGAGGGAUUGUGUUUGGCUAUAUCUUGGGCUAUAAUGUGAUGGAAUGUUAGUUGGUUCUCCUAGCUUCAGAUAUCUGCUCUACAGAGAACGUAGUCUUUGGCACGUGAGAUAAUCCAUCUUGGGAUGGAUACUCAUAAUCCACGGAGCACAGGCGAUGAGCUGAGGG